AUUCUGCUCAGCUUGUUUGUUGCUGUUAUUUUGGACAACUUGGAACUUGAUGAAGAUCUGAAGAAACUUAAACAACUAAAGCAAAGUGAAGCAAAUGCAGAUACAAAGGAGAAGCUUCCAUUGCGUCUACGCAUCUUUGAAAAAUUUCCUAACAGGCCACAAAUGGUGAAAAUCUCCAAGCUUCCUUCAGAUUUCACAGUUCCAAAAAUAAGGGAAAGUUUCAUGAAGCAGUUUAUUGAUCGUCAGCAACAAGAUACCAGCUGUUUGCUGCGAAGGCUUCCUUCGGCAUCUUCUUCCUCAUGUGACCACUCUAAAAGAUCAGCAAUUGAAGAAAACAAAUAUAUUGAUCAAAAGCUCCGUAAAUCUGUUUUCAGCAUCAGAGCAAGAAACCUUCUGGAAAAAGAGACAGCAAUCAAUAAAAUUCUAAGUGUUUCAACAGAAUCAGCAUCAGAGAACCACAGAAUCGUUAGGGUUGGAAGGGACCUCUGGACAUCAUCUAGUCCUACAUUACAUACAGCUGACACUGUAGUCAAAAUGCAAACUAAUGCUAGGGUCAUGGAAUAG